GGCUGUCGUCUGCACGUCAGCUGUCAAGAUGGACCGCAGUUAGCAUGUCGUGCUGUCAAACUAUGUGUGAAUGGCUGAUGUGAGGGAGUAAUUGUGGUAGAAGCCAGAGUUACCUUUUGUCAAAAUUGGAACUCCUUCCAACCUGCCAACAAAAUGCUUGGUGCUUUCUUGUGGAACCUAUUUAUUUUUGCUUCGGGUGCAAUCAGCAUUUUAAUCUCAGCAUGGUGGUGGAUAACAACUCAAGAGGAACUUCCACCGGAGCCCAAACGCCGGCCAGUGGUUAAUUCUAGCCUGCCAGAGGAUUUGGCAGAGAAACUAAGAGCAGAUUCCUACCACAAAAGGGAAACAUGCUUUGCUCUGAAUCUGAUUCUUCAGUUUUUCUUUCAGGAGAAGCGCUAUGAAUCAGGAAUUCUCAGAUGGGUCACCAACCAGUUAACCCUUGAAUUUAAUGAGCUGCUGAAACAUAAGGCCCUUUCAAAGGUUAUUCACAAUAUGCAGAUAAGAGAUCUAAAUUUGGGCACUAACUUUCCUGUGAUCAAGGCAGUCACAGCCAAGCAUGUGAAUCUCAAUCCAGACACUUCGGUUCUGGAACAAAUUGAUAUCUUAGUGGAAGUUGAAUACAAUGGAGGAAUACAGCUAGCAGUUGAUGCUUCUUCUAGACUAUCCAAAGCUGCAAUGGUUAAAAUUAAAGUUGUUCACUUAUCUGGCAAUGGGAGACUCCAGUUUUCAAGACAUCCAUUUACUCACUGGAGUUUUUCCUUUUUUGAGGAACCUCAAGUUGAAUUUGAAGUGUAUUCUAGCUUGGGUCUACACAUUCCCCGCUUCAACUCCAUCAUCACCUCCCAGCUGAAAGGAAUCCUGAAGCGUAAACACACAUUGCCUUACUUCAAGCUUCGAGGGCCACCGUUGAUCAAGAGGCCGCUGCAACCAACCAACGAAGAAGGCUGUUCCGUCCCUCCAGGAAGGUUGACUGGCGCUGUGGUCAAGUGCUCUAGGCUGCAGACUGCUUUAAUUGGUGAAGUGAUGUACUGUACUGUGAUACUGUGCGAAGUUCCUAUUGUUUGUGCUGUGGAGAAGCCAUCAGGUGUAUGGGCAAUCCUGGACCUGACCCUGAAGCGGCCCCAUGGUUCGUCAGCUGGAAUACUGUUGCACAAUGCGGAUGAAGGAGUCCAGAUGGUUGAAUCAGUCACCCAGUGUUCUCCUGCUCAUGCUGCAGGACUCAAGAAAAAUGACAUCCUACUGGCUGUCAAUGGAACUUAUCUGCACUCUGGCCAUCAGGCUGCAAAACUUUUCACCACAAACAACAUUAAUGGUGAUAGCAAUAGUAUUCUCUUGAGGGUGAAGAGACUUAUUCUACCAGAAUCGAAAAAGAUGGUAGCUGAACAAAGAGCCGUUGGUUCAGAUGGGGCUACAACAGUUGUCGGGGAGGAUACCACAGGUAGACCUCAAGUAACCUCCUGUGGCCAGCCUGUUGUCUCACCUUGCACUGCAAGCAGUAGCUAUAGUGGCGACAAGUCCUCUAGUGCCUGGGUAGAAUCCUCAAGUAGUGGUACCUCUGGUUGUGGUGGCAGUGGUGAUGGUACUGCUCGUGGUGGGGCGGGAUUGUCACGUAGUUGUGGUGUAGGUAGUAUUAGUCGUGGUGGUGGUGUUGGUAGAGCCGGAGGAGGUGGCAAUGAGACCAGUAGUGCCUCCUCGGGAACCAGUGGUGGUUAUUAUGUGAACGUUGGUAGCUGUAGUCGUGGUGUUGGUGGGAGCUAUAGGGGUGCGGACUACCCCAGUGCCUCCUCCUGUGUUGGCAGUGGUGGUGUGGGGAUGUACGUGGGGAGUAGCAGUGGUGGUACAGAAGACGAGGGUGUGCUUGGGGGUUCACGUGCUGUUAGCCCCUCUCACUUGCUUGCUGGGUUAAUGGGAUCCCUCAACGGAAGCCGGCCUGCUAAGCACCGCUCUCUGCCAGGCUCACCUGUCCUGCAACGCACCAGUAGGAACCGUGUUAACUCAACACGUGAUGGUGAAAUUAGUGGAAGUGGAAGAUCAACACCAGACUCAAGCCACAACAGUAGUCCUGAGCUAAAGAGGAAGCUCUUAGACCUGCAUACUCUCACAGUAGAUUCAAAACCUACUGUACCUGGUCAGGAUAAGUCACCUGUGGCAGCUUCAGUUAACAAGACUGUUCCUCGUCCUGUGAUUGGGGUUGGGCCAGAUAAAUCUCCAGGUCCAGGAGUUGGAGGCCAGAGUUUUGGCCUGUCUCAAUCAGGGGUUGAAAAGCCUCCAUCUAAUCAGAGCAGUAAGGCUGGAACCCCAACAUCACCGGACUCCCUGAUGGGGCUUUCCAACCUGGAAAAACGUGGUGGAAGAAGAUACAUGGGAAAGAGCAAGACUCAUCUUAAAAGUAUUCAAACACCAUUUGUGGAUGGAAAUAGAGAGCCAAUGUUUGAGAGUGACUUUGAAUUUUGGUUAGAGGAAGAAAACAAAUAUCUGAGCAUAGCCAUCUGGAGUAGAAACAUUACUUCUGUAAAGCCAGAUGAGGACUUUGGCUUCAAGGAUAACAAAGACAAAGCUAAGACAAAAGAGAAUGAAAAGGACAGAAGAAAACAAAAGGAGAGUGAGAAAGCCAAAGCCAGAGAAGAGGUUCUAGCAGGGCUCACAGAGGACACCCUGGUGGGCUAUUCCAACCUACCCCUGAUCUCCCUCAUACCCGAAACUACACUCAAUACCCAAGGCCAUGUCACAAAGAUCCUAACCUUGAACCCACCACACCCAAAAUGCCCAGAAAUGAUCUCUGACUCUCUGCUUGCUCACAAAGGCUUUGACAUGAAGCUCUGUUACGGGGAUGUCAUGCUUUCAUUAACAUACCAGCCACAAGACAGAUGUGAAACUCUUGGACGCGGAAUACUUGACAAGAAUUAUGCAAGCAGUCCGAUAUCAGAAGAUGAGAGCCUCACCGAUGGAACGCUGUCAGAGGAAGAUGAGAUAUCAGUGACACAGGAGAUUGUGGAAGACCGGAAUCAUGAUUUCAAGAGGACACACUUCCAUUCAGCUACACAUUGUGAUUUUUGCAGAAAAAAGAUUUGGUUGAAGGAUGCCUACCAAUGUGGUGAAUGUGGAAUCAUAUGCCACAAAAAGUGUAUGGUGCGAUGUGAACAAGAGACUGUGUGUGCAUCUUCUGGUCUGCGCUACCGUGAUCCCUCCAGAAAUGAACCCCACGAUGCUAGGGAUGUUAAGGAGAUGCCUGAGAUUGUGACAACAGCUGCUGUGGGUUCAGCAGAUAAUGGAAGCCCAGGGAAUACUCCACCUGUGUCUCCACAUACCCAGCGUCGCACUCUGGGCAGCCUGUUUGCUCAGGUAGCGAGUGCCGGCAAGGGUAGUUUGAAGCGUGCCGGCUCAGCCCAUAACCUGGCUCCCCCAAAUCCUUCUCACGAUGGAAUACUCUCUCGAUCACUUCCCCCUUCUCCUCCCCACUCACCCCAGCAAAGUAGGAAGGCUUCAUUAAGCGAGGGAGCCAAUCCCUUUGUGAUUGACACAGAUGAAGGGGACACAGUAGGGUCAGUGCUCGACCGCUUGCUUCUCUUCCCACAUGAUGAGCGUCUAGUUACACUGGCCAGAGAGUCAGCAAAGGAUCUGCAUUCUGUCUUGCCUGGAGCAGAGAGAAGAGAAAGAAUUAAUUUAACAUUGUUGCAGUUGCAAGAUGCUGUAGACCGUGAAGGGGAAGUACGUGUUGACCUGGCAAGACAGGAACGGGAAGCUGGGGAUGCUGGAGAUGCACUCACAAGAGCAAGUGUAGCGCUACAAAUUUCUCAGUGUGAUGCUCGAACUCAGGCUUUGGCUCUUCUCACACUCCAUUACUGUACUGCACUUCAGUACUGUACUGAUGAUGUUCAGGAAGGUGAAGGGGAAGAUCAAAUUCAGGAUGUGAAUGACGAGGAAAAGAAAGCAAAAGGAAAAGAGAAACAGGCCGAAGGGUGACACAAUAAAUACUGCAGACCAAUUUAUCUGAUUAAGAAGAAAUUAUCUCCGUAGAUGCAAGGUCACUGGAGAUAGUAACAGAAAGAAAUGUAUAUGUAGUCCGUGUUCUUACAAGGAAAUCAUCAGCAUUACAGUCUACAGAAGAAAUAUUAUUAUUCUAUUUAAAGAGAACAAGUGCAUCUUAUUCUUGUUCAGAAAUAUUUAGCAUGUGGUAACAGGAUUAUGGAUGAUAUAGGAAAGGAGCACAGAUAAUUACAAGGUAUGUACUGUGAUAUUUUUUAUGCACUACCAAGAGAAAAAAGAAAAAAUCUGUUAUCAUGAUUUCUUUGCUUUUUGUCUUCAUAUGAUGGUCAUUAUUCCAGUUUUUGGUGGAUAUAUAGAUUACUGAGUGGUUAAGGUAUAUAAACAAUCUCAUGUUAAUUUGAUUUAAAUCUAAUGGAUAAAAUAAAAUGAUGUAUUAUAUGCAAUGCAUAAUUUAUGGAGGAACUUCUGUAGCAUGUGUAUUUCAUAUUAGAUCAAUAUUGUGUAAUUAGGUUUAUUUCAAUAAUGACUCCUUCACAAACUGUCAUGGAGGUAUAAUCUCAUUAAAACCAACAAUUUGGUUCAUAAUCUAGAUGGGAAAUCAGUUCAUCAUGUGCAACAAUAAGUCACAUGUAUAUUAAUCUUCCAGUAAAAGCCCUAGACUUGUUACUAGUGUCUGUAUAACCAAGAUGAUAGUUUACCUAGUGCAAAUGUAGGUAUUUUUUUCCAUCACAUCAUCUAGGCAUAUACUCAGAAUCUAAAUCAUUAAGCAUAGGCUUGACCUUUUACUUUUGAUGUUUACCUUGAACUCUGAAAGAAUGUCGUUCAAUUGUUAUUUUGUGCUUUAAAAGGUAAUUAACUGUUGUAGAAGAGCUCAUUGUAGUAGAUACUGUAUAGAUACCAAAACAAGAAUGAUAUGAUAUGGAGAACCUUAACUGCCCAAGUUUGUGUGAUGAUCAUAUGAAUUAUGAUAAUAUUUACUCCUUUCUAUGAAAAAGACAAACCUUGGAUAAAUGAGUAUUAUAUCCAAGUAUGUAAUUACACGUAAUAUAGUUUAUAUACAGUACAUACGAACAUAUCUGCUGUAGCAGAAGCCUUUAUCAUGCUUUUAUUGUGUAAUUCUUGUGUCUCAAGUGAAGGGAUAAUGUGUCAUUUAGCAAAGCAUUGUUUGUUCCAAGGGAUCAAAAAUGCUGAAGAGGUCAUUCACCUCCACCAGGUAACAACUGAUAAUUUCUCAGGUUCUGUUAUGGUUGUUCAUAUCUGAUAUAUAUAAAUGCCAACAUUUCAAAUAGGUCUUUGAAAUGUAACAAGUUUCA